AUGGAGAAGGAGGUCACUCCUGGCGUGUAUCACUGCGUCUCUCCUGUCUCCCAAAGUUUAUCAUCCUCCUUUGAAAAUGAGAUCAGAAUCAGGGAGCUCACGGGAUCCCGGAAGCCCAGGAUCCGCGUCUGCGUGAUGUUGGGUUCUGACUUUGCAAAGACACGUUGCUUCAAGGAGGCAUCUACAGGAGGAUCCUCUGCCUAUCUGGGCACGUGGUGCCGAAGGGCGCGAAUCUCCAGCAGCGUCUCUCAGCUGGAAACUAAUGGACCAGGGAGGAGAGCCAGGGUGAGGCGGAGCGGUUGCUCCUCUCUUUGCAGCAGCCCACGCCACGAGGGCGAGUCGCGCUCCGCUGUCUCCGGCAGCGCUCCCAACCACUCGCCCAUAGCCGUGAGAGUGGGAUCCCCGUGGCAGACGGCUUCCAGGGCAGGUGGAGGGGCAGAGGCCAGGGAGCAACGCUGUGGUCACUGUCCUAGCUGGGUUCUUGCUCUCCUCCAGGCCACCAGGGUCAGAGCCCUGCAAGGUUCCCCACCGAUGCCGCUGCUGGAGGACGUGAUCUCGGAGAACAUCAGCUGGGCUGCCGAGGAAGCCCAGGGCAACGGAUCAUCAGAGCACGCGUUUUUCUCUCUGGAUUAUCAACAUGUUCAAGUCCCCUUUGAAAUCACGCUCUGGAUCAUGCUUGCGUCCUUGGCCAAAAUAGGGUUUCAUCUAUAUAACAAGCUGCCUUCUGUCGUUCCCGAAAGCUGUUUAUUGAUAUUUGUGGGACUCAUCAUGGGGGGAAUCAUCUACGGAUUAAACGACAGGUCACCGCCCGUUAUGGACAGCGACAUCUUUUUCCUCUACCUGCUGCCACCCAUCGUCCUCGACGCAGGGUACUUCAUGCCCAGCCGUCCCUUCUUUGAGAACAUCGGCACUAUCCUCCUCUAUGCAGUCGUAGGGACAAUAUGGAACGUGUUUGGGAUCGGCUUUUCCCUCUACGGGAUCUGCCAGGUGAAAGCCUUCCAUCUGCAGGACGUGUCGUUGCUCCACAACCUCCUGUUCGGCAGCCUGAUCGCCGCCGUGGACCCCGUGGCGGUCUUGGCGGUCUUUGAAGAGAUACACGUCAACGAAAAGCUACACAUUUUGGUCUUCGGUGAAUCGCUCCUGAACGACGCGGUGACGGUGGUGCUCUACAAGCUGUUUCGAUCUUUCUGUGAAAUGCCAACCAUCAAAACUGUGGAUGUUUUUGCUGGAGUUGGAAAAUUCUUUGUGGUUGGGCUAGGAGGAGUUUUAGUAGGUCUUACUUUUGGGAUGACCGCCGCCUUUACCACGCGAUUCACCAAGGAUAUCCGCGUCAUCGAGCCGCUCUUUGUCUUCCUGUACAGCUACCUCUCCUACCUCACCGCCGAAAUGUUUCACCUUUCUGGGAUCGUGGCCAUCAUUGCUUGUGCCAUGGGCAUGAAACGCUACGUGGAGGCCAACAUCUCUCUGAAGUCUCACACCACGGUCAAAUACUUCAUGAAGAUGUGGAGCAGUGUUAGUGAUACCCUCAUCUUCAUCUUUCUUGGAGUUUCCACCAUCGGAGAAAAUCAUGAGUGGAACUGGCCGUACAUUUGCUUCACUGUCAUUUUCUGUCUCAUUUGGAGAGCACUAGGGGUUCUCGUGCUGACUUUCUUUGUGAACAGAUUUCACGUGAACACCAUCACCAGCAAAGACCAAUUCAUUAUCGCGUACGGGGGUCUCCGAGGAGCCAUUUGUUUCUCUCUGGUUUUCUUGCUUCCUGACUUUCACAGAAAGAAGCUCUUCAUUGCAGCAACAACUGUUGUCAUCCUCUUCACCGUGUUCAUACAG